CGGUCACCUCUGCACGCUGUGAAUCCCGCGACGGCGGUGGUGUUUUUUGUAACCGCUUUGUCGAUCAACAUGGCACAAACGCGCAAAGGUAUUGUUGACGGGCGAGCAUUGAAAAUGCCUUUUGUGCAAAAUAAACAGGGAACGAAAGGCAACAGGAUGUCUUAUGUACAACAACAACAACAACAUAAACAACAACAACAGCAAACCUGCACAAACACCAAAGAAGACGUUAAAUCGCACAGUCUCUCGCGUCAUCCCAGAGCUACGGCAGCGCUCGUUGAGAGUUCCGUUCGCAACGACAGGGGUAAAGCGACGAUGUCCUCGUUUGGAAAUUCGCUGUAUUUUUCAGGGCAUGAAGUUGUUAAGUUGGUUAAGAGUGACAAAAAGUACGAUGGACUGAUCAUUCCCAGACUGGCAUUCACAGUUGCGUUCUGGUUAAAACCUGAGGGAGGUCAGAAGGACCCUCUUAUGAUUAUAGAAUUGUUCAAUUCUUGCAGCGGUUACAUAUCUGGAAGUCCGUGGUUGGUUGGGAUUAGAACAGUGAAGCAUUAUGGGAAGGCAAACGCUAAACUGUUCUUUUCGCUACGAGCUGCUCGAUCUGAACAAUCCACCAUUAUUUUCUCACAUUCGAAGUUUGUUCCAAAUCGGUGGAUAUACGUCACUGCGACAUACAGUGGCUCUGAGAUGAAGUUCUUCAUUAACGGGGCCAUGGUGUCUGUCAGUCACCAACAGAGGGGGCCUCUGUUCAGUACGGCUAUUACGUCAUGCAUGGAGAUUCGCAUAGGAGGCAGCACUGGCAGUGAUAGAUUUUACCGUGGAACCUUUGACGAACUGAGAUUAUGGGAUUCUAGUUUGAAUCACGUGACCAUAAAGCUGCACAUGCGCAAUUCAGUACCGGAUGCAAAGUCAAAGACAUCUUUGGUUCUGAAUGACAAUUUCGACGACCUCUCUAGCUGGCUUCCGGUGGAGAGUUUGCUUCCGCGAGUUGUGACGUCAGACAUACACCACAACUGGCACGAUAUAUACGUAACAACGCCCCCUUGUGGGCAGACUGUGUGUGACGAUCCGGAAAUUGUUCUGAGCUAUGCAAAACAAUGGCGACUCCGUUCAAUGAAGAGCAUCAGAUACAGGAUAAUAAACCUGAUGGACGACGAUGGUGCUAAUCCCACUGUUUCUAACGAUCAAAUCUUUCACCAGAACCAGGCCCUGGUUGCUGCUUUUGCGCCCUAUAACAUCAGUUUCGAACUUCACGUUAAGAAUGUCAAAAACACAACCUUGCGCCGCAAACUGAUCAUGUUCGGCUGUGAUCCGUUGGACGUCGGGGAUGGAAUAUGUCAUGCGCAGUGCCAGCACACUCGGACCGGAAAUGACGGAGGUGACUGUGACCCGGUGCUUUUCUUCUGUGACCCCAAGACGAUCGGUAACGGGCGCUGUGAUUUCGGCUGUAACCGUGAAUAUCACCAGUGGGACGGCGGCGACUGCUGCCAGCCAGGGCCAGACACGCACUACACGUGCUAUGACCCGGCGUCGCCGUGGAGAGGGUACCUGGGUAUUGCCGAAUACAAGAUCAUUCUUAACAUAAGCAGUGAUGCUCAUUUGAACAUUUUCUUCGCCUCCACAACCACAGACCAACUAAUAGGACUCUCAACAUUUCCAUGGGAGAAAAACGUGUAUUCCAUACAAGGAGGCACGGUUGUGCAACCGGAAACAUUUGGUCUUGUGGGAAACACAGACAGUCUCGUGCACGAGAUCGGACACAAUCUGGGACUGUGGCACGUGCACCAUGGCGUGGGAGAACUGGACUGCGCAGACCCGUGCGCAGAAACUCACGCCUCGAUGGAGCUGGGAGACUUGUGUGCCGACACAUUGCCGACGCCAGAGAACCUGUUCUGUGAGGACCCGGAUGGUUCUGCCGACAAGUGUGGCCUGUUGUCGACCUACGAGAACACCCCGUUCAGUAACUACAUGAGCUACUCGGAUGAUACGUGCACUGAUCACUUCACUGAACACCAGGCGGCGCGGAUGCACUGUUACCUUGACCUUGUAUAUCAGCCAUGGAGGACGGAACAUUUUCAGUCGCCAGUUCCGCUUGCACCCAGGAUCGUUUCGGCUGAGCAGAUAUCGCUGACGAUUUCCUGGCUUCCUCCGUUUGGUCACAGAAAUAACAUGGACGAGAUCUGCAGCCAGUGUGACGCAGACGGGUCUAUUAGUCAGUUCGCCGAAAAAGCUACGUCUAGGAUUCCGUACACGAUGGGAAAUCGUUGGACUCCAAUGCAAGCCACAGGUUCACCGGAUGCGGAGAUCUGCGUCCCGAGCACCCGGGCGUGGAUGCCGGAGAGUUACGACUGCAAGGGAAACAAGUGUCAACUGCUGCUCACCUUCAGAUGGCCUGUCGUGCCAAAAAGGUUGACCGUUUGGGUAACGAGGUCGGACGGAGACGGCGUAAAGAAAAUAGUCCUGUUUUACGACGACGGAUCCUCGACGACCCUGACAAACGCGCCGUCGUAUUGCGACAUGCCGUUCACGACGACGCUGUUCGAACACAGGACACUCACAAAGAUGAAAAUAUUGACCUCGUCUCCGGGAGUAGCGAUUGACGCAGUGGAAGUGGUGUCUGUGACUAACGACCCCCGCUGUGAGCGCUGUCACCCCGUCACGUUCCGGGUGUUCCGUCAGCCACGAUUCCAAGACAGGUCAUUUCACGUGACCCGUGAAACCAUCUUCAGUGACCGUGCAGUACAAACGGGCGACAAAUAUGAAUAUUGGAUUGUUGCAGUAUCAGACAGUAUAAGAAGUGGCUUAUCACCGAAACUGGAAUACACGCACGGACAGCCCUUUUGUGGCGACGAACAAAUAGACAGUGUAUCCACGGAGGAGUGUGACGACGGUAACAUCAUCAGCGGUGACGGCUGUGACGUAGAAUGUCGUGUGGAGGAAUUCUUUCAUUGUAAAGAUAGCCCGAGCCUGUGUUAUCGCCAUGAAGGCGACGGUCGGUGCGAGGAGUUUGAACGACACUCCAGUCUCGCGGACUGUGGAUUCUUCACGCCAGACGGCUACAGAGACCAGUGGGCGUACACGGCCGUCGCCAACCCGCUGUAUCAGACCCAGGCGUGUCCAGAGUGGGUCCUGGCUGGCCCACCAGAUCUGUCUCAGGCUUGUGAACCAAUUGUGGAUAAAAGAAAAGUCUGGUCUCCAUGCAAAACGGUGGAAGAAGGAAAUUUCUGGGUUGAGGUAUUUUUCCCAAUGCCAGCAAUAGCUACUGAAAUAAUUGUGUACAUUUCUUCGGAUGGUCGAAAUCAGAUGGAUACAUCAGAGAAGAACAUUACCGUGGAUCUAAUAAAAACCAACAACAACAUCGUGCCAGUCAUACCGAGGGGAACGUCAGUGGAUUGUUCAAAACGUGUUGUGCAUAUUCCAAUAAAGCAUGACUUGUCACAGCCAUUCUUUCAAACAAAAGGUGCUAGGAUUUCCUUCCGGUCGUCAAACCUGAGUUUUGCUGCCGUCCAGUUGCGAUCGAGGAAAUACCUGGAUCCACUGACCAUCUCUGCGUGUGGCGUAGGCGAACUCUACAACCCCAGGUCUGGACGGUGCGUGGCGCAGAACUGCACGCGCUUCACGUGCACCUUCUACCUCGUGAAGCACGCCACAGCCACGUGCUCGGGAUACGGCGAAGGGGAUCUAUGCCAAGUUACCUGUGAUGUCGGACACCGUCUGUCGAACCCUGGUGCGAGGGAAGUCAUCUGCUCGCAGGGACAAUGGGAGAGUCCAGCACCAGUCUUGUGUAAACCUGUGGAUUGUGGACGACCGCGCAUACCGCACGCUACAGUGUCCUGCCCGUACGGGACGAUAUUCAAGCGAAACUGUACUUUCAAGUGUAAUUCGCCUGCUACCAAACGAGGUGUCGAUAACACGAUUGAAUGUGAAGAAGAUGGAAUCUGGUCUGCCCCACUCUCGUCGUGUCACGUGAUGUGCAGUCCGAUACGACGUGUUUUGAAUGCUAGACUGUUGACCAAACACUGUAAGAGAGCCCGCCAGUCCGUUGGAACCAAGUGUAAAUUUAGAUGUCGAAAAGGAUAUCGCACGGAAACUGUCAAAUCUAAGAGACGUAUGUUUGACUUGGCGUGUCAGGGGAACGGCCAGUGGAGCACGGAGCGGUGUGUGCGAGUCCGGUGUCCACCCAUUGAUGCCACGUUCAGCGGUCUGUACGUCUGUACUGAAAGGAACUAUGUUGGCAGUCGGUGUUCCUUUAAGUGUCCUAACAGAAGCGAGAUAAAGAAGAGGAUAACGUGUAAGGCUAACGGACGGUGGACGGGCGUGUUCGAGAGUUGCUCCUCUUUUGGUCAGAUACGAUGUCCUACAAUAUCAAACAUAAGAAAGCUCGUAUUUGUUUGCGCUAAUUGGAAGGUUGGGUCCACGUGUCUUGUACACUGCAAGCUGCCUGGUCACGAACCAGUGUUCUGGGGAUCAAGUUCCAAAGCGAACAAAGAAGCACACUCGCCCAAUGUUGGUGACGUCAUAACUGCGGUGAAGUGUUCUGGCUCGUCCAACUGGUUUCCUGAUCCAUAUACAUUAAAAUGUGAAAGAAAAUGUAGCGUGUCGUCACUGGGAGAUGGUUGGUGCGACGCCGCCAACAACAGAUACUACUGCGGCUGGGAUGGGGGCGACUGCUGCUCGUCCACCCUUGGGGCGCCAGUCAGACCAUUCCCAGACACGUGCACGGCGAAAUGUACCUGCAGAGACCCCGGUGCCAAAGAAAACAGCUCCAGAAAGAAAAGAAAGCAAAAGAAAAAGCGAUUUCGAAGCUAAUUAACUUUUAUAUAAUAUUAUGCUGGAAUAGUAUGCAUUGAAACUUGUGUUAAGCAUCCGCCUGAGGGAGUAAUAACAGGUUUCCUACUGUGAAAUCAAUUAUUUUCGUGUACCUACAUUUUCGUCUUUUUUCUUUUAUAAAAAAAAGAAGAAAAAAGAAUGACUCAUAUUUUGUUGGGUACUAAAAUUCGUGGAACGAAAAGGUAGUAUCAUAAAUUUGUAUCAUGUGUAUUAAUGUAUAAUAUAAUCGUUGUGUUCUUAAAUUCGUUGACGUGACUAGUCCACGAAUUGCACGAAAUUUAGACCACCGCGAAUACAAGUGAUUUCACAGUAUGCCGACUAUAUACGUCAUGCAAUGUGUAUGAGUAGAUUAUUUUGAAGAAUGUUAAGAAGGCUUCUUAAGACCAGUGGUCGCUUUGAGAUACGAGGCUGCUUAUGUCAAGGGUUUCCACACUGCCAUUUUGUAAUGCUUUAAUAUUACGUAUUUCUCAUAACACGCAUGCCUUUGUUAUUCGUUGCAUCAAGUUACUACUAUACACAUCGGCAAUAUACAUGGUUAUCACAUCCAAGGUGCGAGGUCUAACUCAAUUGGUAUAGCGCUCGCCUGAAGACUUGCGUCGUAGGAUCGAAUCACCUCAGUUGUUCCAUUCUCGAAUUGGAUUGUUUCCCGUCCCAACCAAUGCAUCAUGAUUGGUAUAUCAAAUACCGUGGUAUAUGUUCUGUCUGGGAAAGACCAUAUAGAAGAUCCCUUGCUGCUAAUGGAAAUAUGUAGUGAAUUUUCACUAAGACUACGAGUCCAAAAUUACCAAAUGUUUGACAUCCAAUAGCUGAUGGUUAAUAAAACAGUGUGUUCUAGUGAUGUCGUUAAACACACAGGGCCGAAUUUACAAAGAUGUUUAUGCCUUACACGCGUGUAAC